CGUAUGUGCAUUUGUGUUGUUUCCCAUCUAAGUACUUGUUUAACGAUUGCAAAGCAACAAUUUUCUUGGAUGUGUCUAAAAAUUGUUAGAAUCUUAUCGACAUAUCCCAUAAAAGUGUAGAAAGACAAAAUCUGUUGAAUAUUAGUUAUUUUAUAAACCCUCGCUAAAUUACUCAUUUAAAAUAUCUUGAGUAACGUUAUUCGACUACUACGAAGUGGGCAACAUAACGAAACGUGGACACAUAUGUUCAGAUAUACAUAUAUACCAAUUCAAGAAGUAAUAUUUCAUUUUCAAAAUAAGCAAGAACAAGUAUUGGGCUUAUUCCCUUUCACGGCAUCAAUCAAAUUUCAACAAAUGUGUAGCGAAAUAUUCUGAGCUCGACAAAUUUUCAUAUCAAAUAUUUCUUUGACAUGCUCAUUGCCUUCAUAAACAUUAAGCAUUUAUAAUUUGAUAUGGAUAGAAGUGUGGACUCAAUUGGCAGCUGCUCUCUUGACGUCGACGCUGAUUCUACGGACGUGUCAGAUACAAGUGGGAGUUUAAAUUUUCCAACACCGAUUUCUAUUAAAGACAUAACCACAGAAUUUACCACAAAUAUACGAGAGCGAUGUUCGGUUCAGACUUUUCAUGAAAUCAACAAGAAUUUUAUGGGUCUUGAGUCGCAAAUGGUGUUGAAGCAGCCUCUUACAAAUGUCAACACAACAUGUGCCUUAUUAAAUUCAUCCAAUCCGAAUUCGAAUAAAAUCGCUGGUCAGACUGAUUCAAAUUCAGACAAAAAGCCAAGUUAUCUGAAUCUGGCUUGUUGUGUGAACGGGUAUUCUAAUCUUACAACUUAUGAUUCUAAAAUACGACAAGAUAUAAAUAAAUCUCGCGAGGUGUCCCCCAUCCGCCCGUCGUCAAAUAGCAUUCAGUAUUGUAAAAAAAGCAAUUCAUUGGCUCCACCAAUCUUAUUACAAAUGGCUGAUGGUAAAGGUGACGUUUCUAAUGUGAAACCUACGGCAACUAAUGGGCAUUCUAACAAUUUCGUGUCUAAUAACGCUGAAAACAAUGAGCACUGUGAUUUACAAUGGCAGGAGGAUAUUCGCAAUACUAGUUUUAUUCAACAGCGAGUGGAACGGUUGUAUGGACCUGCUGCGUUAGCACAAGGUUUUUAUAGUCCAAAAAAAGUACGUAGCACUUUCGUUUGUACGAACCCACGGGAACGUGAUGAUGCUGGUUCAUCAGAACUGGCAAGAAAAUUUCAACAACUUACUCCAAGUAAAGAUUAUUCCGAGUUCAGGAAAAAAUUAAAUGCAACUAUUACAAAUUCUCCUCGGCAAGUUAUUUCAGCAACCGAAAUUUCAACCUUUAAUAAUAACACUGUUGAUUUACCUGUAUUACGUCAUUUAAGCCAAGAGUUUCGUGCUCAGUUACCCAUAAUUUCGCCUAAAAAAAACCAAGGAAGAAUUUCUCUUCAAAAGAACUUAAGUUCGGAAAAUGAGACAACAGAGACGGUAGAAGUAUUAAUAGAUGAAGUGGAUCGUAAAGAAAUUCCGAAAUCUAUAUAUGGAAUAAGUAAUGAACAUUCAGAAAAUAAAGACAAUAUGCAAUACAAAAUUGCGGUAAAAUCCAGUUUAAAUGAUCCAUCAAAAGAAUGCUUACAGAAAGAUGGCAAUUACUUUCUUCAUUUGCUGAAAAACGAACAAAGUCGCCUUUUAGCUUUGGCCGACAAAGCAGAACGAUACGCUGAUGAAUUGUCUGACAAUUCCGACGUUUCAGAGGACACUUUAGGCUUCUUGCGUUCAGCUUAUGGCAAAGCUCGAUUGCUGGUGUCACAAAAGAUGAAGCAAUUUGAAGGUCUUUGUCAUAAUAAUUUGAAUUCAUCGCCACAAGAAAAAUUCCCAACUACAAAUGAUGAUCUUCAAGGAUUUUGGGACAUGGUGAAUUUGCAAGUCGAUCAUAUCAAUUCUAUAUUUGAUGAAAUAGAAGUAUUAAGACAAAACAAUUGGAAGAAACCGGCGGAAAUUCCACCUAGUGAAUCCAACAAAAUAUUCAAAAUACAACCAAAAACUAUAAAGACUGUCAACCAAAAGACAAAAGCUAGUACAUCUAAUGGAAAUGACUCGAAAACAAAAUCAGUCCCAUCGGCCGCGGCUUUGAAACGUGAAUCUCAAAGAAAGAUGUUGCUGGAAAUGAAACGAAAAAACAAAAUCGCAAUGACAGCUAAAUCAACCAUAUCGGUUCGAGAUUCUGUUGAGCCACUUGUUGAAAAUUUAGACCCGUUAGAUACCGUUGAGAUAUUUGUCAAACACAGUAAUUGAGAGUUCGUUAAUGAGUGCUUUGGCCUUACUAAACUGUACUAGUCCUCUAACAAAAUCGAAUGAUAGAUAUGCUCCAUGUCAUAUAUAUUCUAUAAAUCUUUCGCUUCGACUAAUUCUCGUUUCAUCUAAAAUUGAUAAGAGUUAUAUACUACACCAAUAAUACUCGUUUUGCAGGCUAAUCGUUUAAAUAAAGCAGUGUGCUGUUAAAAAAAAUUAAGCAAUUUAUA